CUUUCUUCACUCCUUUUUCUUUCCAAACAGGGAAAAGUGUUCCAUGAAGCGGUAGCGUUUUUCCGUCUCGUCUUUUCCUCGCUGACCCGGGUCCCCGCUCCCGUCCGGGUGCAAGCUGGUGGGGCGAGCACUGGGAGCCCCUCAGCGCGGGGCGCGGGGACCCCGGAGCCGGGCGCGGGGCGUGGGGCCGUUCCCGCGCCGGCACAUGGCUGCAGCCGCCCCGCGCGCACCCCGAGUCGCCGCGCCCAGCUCGCCAGAGGUCCGUCGGCUGCUCUGUGCUGCGCCCCGCCGCCACCGGAGCCAGGCAGCUGCUGAGCGGGGAGGAGCCCGCGCCCGGGCAUCGGGAUGACCCUCCUUGUCCUGCUGGGGCUAGGUGAAGAGCGCCUUACGAUUUUUUACUGUGGAUAAAUACACAUGAAGUACAUAUUGAGACAGUUUUUCACAGAGGGGAAGGGAGUUUCCUACUACGUUGGAACCUUGGGGACUCACACUGAGAUCAAGAAAGUGGCAGAGGAGAAGGUCACUCUGCCCUGUCACCAUCAGCUGGGGCUCCCAGAGAAAGACACCCUGGAUAUCGAAUGGCUGCUCACCGAUCGUGAAGGGAACCAAAAAGUGGUGAUUACUUACUCCAGCCAUCACGUCUACAAUAACUUGACUGAGGAACAGAGGGGCCGAGUGGCCUUCGCUUCCAAUUUCCUGGCAGGAGAUGCCUCCCUGCAGAUUGAGCCUCUGAAGCCCAGUGAUGAGGGCCGGUACACCUGCAAGGUGAAGAACUCAGGGCGCUAUGUGUGGAGCUACGUCAUCUUAAAAGUUUUAGUGAGACCAUCAAAGCCCAAGUGUGAAUUGGAAGGAGAGCUGACAGAAGGAAGUGACCUGACUUUGCAGUGUGAGUCAUCCUCUGGCACAGAGCCCAUUGUGUAUUCCUGGCAGCGAGUCCAGGAGAAGGCGGGAGAGGAUGAACGUCUACCUCCCAAAUCUAAGAUUGACUACAACCGCCCUGGACGUGUCCUGCUGCAGAAUCUCACCAUGUCCUCCUCUGGGCUGUACCAGUGCACAGCGGGCAAUGAGGCUGGGAAGGAAAGCUGUGUGGUGCGAGUGACUGUACAGUAUGUACAGAGCGUGGGCAUGAUUGCAGGAGCAGUGACAGGUAUGGUGGCCGGAGCCCUGCUGAUUUUCCUCUUGGUGUGGCUGUUGAUCCGAAGGAAGGACAAAAAGAGAUAUGAGGAAGAAGAGAGACCAAAUGAAAUUCGAGAAGAUGCGGAAGCCCCGAAAGCCCGCCUGGUGAAGCCCAGCUCCUCUUCCUCGGGCUCUCGAAGCUCUCGCUCCGGCUCCUCCUCCACGCGCUCCACCGCCAACAGCGGCUCCCGCAGCCAGCGGACCCCAUGCGCCGAGGCUGCGCGCCGGCCAGGGCUGGGCGCCCACGCCUACGGCCCGGUGGGGCCCGAGGCCCGAGGUUCUGAACCAAAGAAAGCCUCCCACGCUACCCUGACCAAAGCAGAAAACACCCCCAGCACGAUCCCCAGCCAGAGCAGAGCCUUUCAAACUGUCUGAGUUAGAGUGGACUUGACUCGCUGGCUUUUCCCAGGCGUCAGGAUUCUUCCGGUCAUCGACACUCAGUCACCAGCCACACGACCCGCCUCGAGCCCAACAAGGGGUCAUUUAAAUAGCAGCAACCACUGCACGGAACAGAUUCAAAGGAACACUUUCCUUACAUGACACCAAACGAGGAAAAGGAUGUAAGCUGAUCAUCUCCAAAAAGGCACCUCACUGUGCCUUUAGACCAGAGUUGGGGGGCGGGGGGGAAUGGGGGCCCAAAUCUGGGUGUUUGGGGACCAGGAGCCAUGGUGAAAGAGUUGGGGAAAGGGGAAGUGAACACACUUAGAACUUCUCACUUGCAGUUUUGUAUCAACGUGUUGACUCACCAUUGUCAAGAAACGAGGUGUUGUUCAUAAAUUUUCUAUGCAUUCCUGCAAACCUACUGGAUUAUUAUGACUGUUCAGAGUCAAACAGAACCUACAGCCUUAUAUUACACCUAUUUGCACCAUGAGAAACUCCAAAAAAUGAAACAUGUCUCUUCUGUCCUGACUUGACUUCAUUUACCACAAAGUUUGGGUAUUAAUUUCAAGAGGAGUUGAAAUAGUGGGAGAUGGAGAAUGACUGAACUUUUCCACGACUUACCGGUUGAACACCAAUGAUCCACUAUCAAUCUUCCUACUUAUAUUGAACCAUAAGAGAAAUGAAAAAGGAGUUCAAAAUG